AUGUUUAUUUUUUUAUCUUGGAGAGGAAACUUCACAAGUGAACUGAGUACCUUUAAAAAAUAUUUAGAUGAAAAUUACAAAGGUUUUAAAAAAUUAGAUACAAGAAUUUAUCGAUUACUAUCAAAAUAUAGGAAGAACAUAAAUUCAUGUGUUUUAGGGUUAAGAGAAGUGAUACCAUAUAAUGUAGAGAACGAAAAAAUAAAUAUAUGUAAUAAUGUGAAGAGAGACAGACCAAAAAAGAGUAAAUCAAAUGGAUGUUCUUUAAAAAAUGAAGAAAUUCAUAAACUAGAUAAAAAAAGUAAAUCUUGUAUUUUUGAAACAAAAAAAUAUUCCCGUCUGGAAAAAAAAAUAUUCAAAGAACUUGAUUAUGAGAAUUUUCUUAAAAGUAAUAGGACAAUUAGUGAUAAAUUAUAUAAGAGAAUACGGACUACGACUACGCCUACCUUUAUUACUCUUUUUCUUAUUAUUAUUAUCACUAAUAUUAGACUAUUCUGUGGUAUAGGACUUUUAAGAGGAUUGCGUGAGGUAUUGAAUGCCUUCGCCCCAAAUUUUUGGAAAACGUUAGGACCAAAAUUGAAUAAACUUUUAGGGAUUAUUGGUCUGAAUAUUAAAACCGUUUUUCGAAGUGUCAGUAUGGAAGAGCAAUAG